UAGAUUGAAUUGCCCUUCGUCCCUCACCCCUCCCAUCCAAAAGCCAACACAAGUACAUUUCCGACAUAAAUAAAUAAAAAUAAAAUUAAAAAAGCAACAGUAAUAAUACUUAUUCAAUAAUGUUCUAUUGUGCGUGUGUCCGGUUGUUAGUAUGAUCCGACGAAACGUUUCCUAAUGGGGAAUAAAUCUGGUAUUAUUAUAAAAUUGUAUAACUUUAUAUAUGGUUCUUAUAGUGAUUUACUAUGAGUGAAAGAAAAGGAAUUUAAAAAUGAGUGUUUUGAGGCAGAUAUCCACCAUUGGGUGGAACCGAAUAGUUGUGGUAUUUUUAACCCUUUGGUUAUUAAUAGUGUUAAUAUUAGCAGCUUAUCCAGGUAUUAAUUCACCUAAUUCACUGGAUACAAGAUCUUCGGAGAGACUGGUUAAGGCAUUGUCAGAUUUGGAGGCACUCAAGCAACAGAAUCAAGAGCUAAGAGAGAUAUUUAAAGAAAUAAGUGUUAAUACCUUUACUGAUGAUCAGAAAGACGCAAUUGAAAAAUUUCAAACAAGACUAACAAAAGCAGAAUAUUCAGCCCAAAAAAGUCUAGGUUCCACUGCUUCCAAAGGGGAACCCAAUGCAGAAUAUGAACUGCUUAGGAGAAGAAUCUCUAAAAACACAAAGGAAUUUUGGUAUUAUAUACAUUCCAGUUUAGAAGAUGUAAGGAAAAAGGCAAUUUCUUCACCAGAAAUUGCUGAUUCUCUUGCACAGAUAUUGGCUCUUGGGGCCGAACAUAAAAGGUCUUUGUUACACGAUAUUAACAACUUGGCAAAAGUAGAUGGCUAUGAAGAUUGGAGGCAAAAAGAGUCAAACGACCUAAGUAACCUUGUGCAAAAAAGAUUUAACUACCUGCAAAACCCUAAAGACUGUGAUAAAGCAAGGAAGUUAGUUUGUAAUUUAAAUAAGGGAUGCGGAUAUGGUUGUCAACUCCACCACGCAGUUUACUGCUUCAUGGUGGCGUACGGUACAAAAAGGACGAUGAUUUUAAAGUCGAAAGGGUGGCGGUACCAUAAGGCGGGCUGGGAACAAAUAUUUCAGCCUGUUAGUGAAACAUGCACUUCGACUAGUGGAGAGAGUGUGGCCAAUUGGCCGGGCCAUCCUGAAACCCAAGUGAUAAAUUUGCCUAUUAUCGAUAGUCUCUCUCCCAGACCUCCCUAUUUACCUUUGGCUAUACCAGAGGACCUCUCGCCAAGGCUCACGAGAUUACAUGGGGAUCCGAUAGUAUGGUGGGUUGGUCAAAUUCUAAAAUACCUUCUUCGGCCUCAAGAAAAAACUGCCAAUCUAAUUCAAGAGGCCAUGGACCGACUGGGCUAUAGAAAACCAAUUGUCGGGGUUCACAUUAGACGCACAGAUAAAGUAGGAACCGAGGCCGCGUUCCAUCGCUUAGAGGAGUAUAUGGUUGAAGUGGACGAAUUUUACAAACAAUUAGAGUUAAAACAGAAAGUGGACGUGCGACGAAUUUACUUGGCUUCCGACGACCCCAAGGUCUUAACCGAGGCCAAAACGAAAUACCCGGAGUAUGAAGUUAUCUGUGAUCCGCAAAUAUCUAAGACUGCCGCUGUUUCUACCAGAUAUUCGGAUACGUCUCUGUUCGGUAUUAUAUAUGAUAUUCAUAUGCUCGCGCUUAGUGAUUAUUUGGUGUGCACGUUCUCUUCUCAGGUCUGUAGAAUAGCCUACGAAAUAAUGCAAAACUACUACCCCGACGCGUCUGACAGAUUUAAAUCGCUAGACGAUAUUUAUUAUUAUGGUGGCCAAAACCCUCACAAUAUGAUCGCCGUUCUUGCUCAUAACUCUCAAAAACCCGGAGAGUUGGAAAUACUUCCUGGAGAUUCAAUAGGUGUGGCAGGAAACCAUUGGAACGGUUUUAGUAAAGGAAGAAACCUGAGGACUUAUCAGGUAGGCCUGUAUCCCACGUUCAAAGUAAAAGACAAAAUCGAAACUGCAAAGUUCCCCACUUAUUCCGAAAUGUACAAAAGUCAUCGGAAAACGGACGAUAGUGAAAAGGAAUAAAAGCGCGAGUCGGUUUAGAUUAAAUGCGCACUUUGUAAAUAUAUCGCACAGAAUAAUUAAAUUGGUGUGAAUCUCGGCGAGUUUUGUUUGUCUUGUCUUUUUUUUUAGAUAAAUUUUAUUUAUGGAGUUUUCUUGAUUGGGCAUACAUUUUUAAACUUAUAAAAAUGUUUUAUUUAUUUAUUGUAUAAUAAACUAUGACUAAUAUACAGUAGGUCAAAAAAACAUUUACAUAGGAUAUAUUAUAAAAAAUUUAAAGGAAAAAGUUUAAAUAUAAAGUAUUCACCCUUUUAAUUUAUUGAAUUCUUUUUCUUUUUAUAUUAAAAAUAACUACGAAGUUGCAUUUUGAAGGUUAUCCGGGAAAGACUCGUUGUUACUUCCAUAGAAUGUUUUAAUAUCCGAAUGUUAUAUUUUCUUUAUUCUCCCCUCUUUUCACAUGAUAAUAAAGAUAUAUGAAAUAAAAUCAAUAAGUGUGAUAGAUGACAAACCAAAAAUUGAUGUUUCUCACAAUAUACACUCGCCAAAUUUCAUCUUGGGUGCCGAAAUACCCAGCAAAAAUCAUAGACAGCUUGUUGCCGCUCUUGAUUAAGAAAUUGUUUUAAGAUCGUUUUUUCCUCUAGAUUUUUUAUUUCAGAUUCAGGUUUUUUCAUAUUCCUACUCUCAGAUGAUGGAAAUGAACUUAAUAUAUUUUUGAAUCAAUUCGUAGUCCGUUUACUUCAUGAUUGUUUUUCUGUAGUUGUUGCAAAAAAAAAAAUUCAAUGGUGUAUUGAAACUUUACGAGUAUCUGACUAUGAUUCUGCACCUUUUGCGAUAUUUCCCUCAUUCUACUGUACCUAAUAUCCAUCCUGUUUUUUUUUUUUAAAGUAGGGAGUUUUGGAAUUAAACUAAAUUAAAAAAAAAACUUUCCAAACCCUACUAAAUUUAUUUAUAAUUUUUUUCCUCCUUUAUAUUAUGAUUUCAAUAGUCUAUUCAAGAUAUAAGUUUAUUGCCUAUACCAUCACCAUGAGAAGAAAUUUUCUGAUAUCUAAUGCGACAAUUUCUACAUUGUAUUUUAAAAAAUUUUUUUGUACGAAUACUUUUUUUGACCUACUGUAUUUGUAGAACUAAGACUACAUCUGCUAGGCAUUUUAGUAAAAUGAAUUAUAUUUUUUGAUAUUUUUAUUAAUCAUAAAUUUCAAUUUGUGCGAUUUAUGGGUAGGUUAGAGAUCGUUUAGGGGAUUGUAUAACUCAUAUAAUGUGUGUUGUAAUGUUACAAUAUGUGAUAGCUAUUAUUAGAGGAGCAUUAGCAGCAUAAGGUAUGAAAUUUCAAAAUAAUGCGAGGCAGGUUCUUUCAUUUUAUUAUCCGGAUUUCUUUAAUUAGGGUAAGCCAACGAAAAUUGAUUUUAUUGUAUCCUUUGAUUCACACUAAUUAGUGAUUCUCAAUAAACAAUAUUAGCAUAAUAUACAAUUUUAUAGUAAACCUAAAUUGGUGACAAUUUAUUUUUUAUGAUAUUUACAACCAUAAGAAUAUCUUUUCUUUUGGCUACCCUCUGCUCGAGUUUUAUACGGCCAUAAAUUUGAGUUCCAAAGACAAUUAAAUUAUACAACUAUAUACAAAGUUAAAAUUAUUUGAUCUUUAAUUGGCUUUCAUCCGUUUUAAUGUAUGUAUUUGUAUAGCAAAUAAGCUUUUCUCCGAUAUCUUCCUGGACCAAAACAUGGUGUGUUUAGUACUAGCUUUGUUAAUACUACUAAAUUAUAAACGUUUUUGAAUCUUUAUGUAUUUAUAUUACGUUAGAAUCUCUUAUACUUUAAUAUUUAGGUACAGUUAUAUUUGUUGUUACAGGCUCAAACGCAGCAUGACUUGUUAUUUGUUUAAGAAAGUACAUUGAUUAUGAUUUUUAUAUUUUUUCUUUAUAUGUUACAAUGUAUAGAUGCAUUCAAACUAAUAAAGAAAUACCAGAAUGGUUCUGUUUAAAUUGAUGUCAUGCGGCGAAGAUAGAUCGGUCUACAAGCAAUUAUAUUUUGAACUCAUUUGUAUAACACAUGCAUACCGUAAUACUGUGCAAUAGUAACGUUAUUUAUAUCCAUAAAAGCUCUAAGCUAUUUGUAAUGUUUGUAAAAGUUUCAGGUAAAGCAUAUUGUCAAGAAUAAGAUUUUUUUUGUUUUCAAAUACGUGUUAAAUGUCAUUUUACUUUAAAACUGUUAAAUAUAUUUAUAUUAUAUAUUAA